CUCUUUUAUUAAUUAAUAUAAUUUGAGUGUUAGAUUAUCUUGGAUUUUCUAUGUAAACCUCGCAGCAUGCUCCUUAAAAGUAUUUAGAAUUAAUAUUUUAAUUAGAUAAUGCAAUCAACUCUAAAAAGCACAUUUAAAACAUCCACCAUAACACUUGCCUUCUCACUCUUGUCCUUCUCAGUUUCUUACUGUUCACCUCACACAGGUGACCACCAUUAUUAAUUUUCCAAUUUAUGUUUCCAGGGCUUCUUUGUGCCACACACGCAAACAUAAUUUAGAUUCUUUUUACCCUCUUCUAUUCGCAAAUAUAGCAAACUAUGGAAAGAGUUCUGCACUUUGCCUUUCUCCCUUUGGUAUAGCUGGCAAAACAAAAAUUUUAAAGUCUCUUUAAUAGCAAAAGGGGAGGGGACACGAGGUGCGGAGCUCGCAAACGACAGAGUCGGCCAGGGCCGUGGCUAGAGCGGCCCGGAAGUGGCUUCUGCGCCCCGCCCCGCGGGGGUUUGCUAGUUUCGGGCCGUUUGUGAGUAUGGGGUGAGUAGGGGGCGCCGAUUGGGCGUCCGCUUUCCAUUGCGGGGUUAAGUCUCACUCUGGGGCUCUCCUCCUGUGGGUCCUGCCAUUCUUUUGUCCCGGGUAGAGGUGCGUUUGCAGGUGUGUGUGAGUUUGAGGAGGGAGGCCCUUCCCCCCGGUUCCCGCAGCCUCGGCCCCCGAGGACGGAGACCCUGCGAGAAGCCGUGGGGGGAAGGGCGCCCUGCGGCGGGACUAAGUGGUGCUCCGCGCCCCGCGUAGAGCCCACCAUGGGUGUCCCUUGUUUAGAGCCGUUCCUGGGUGCCUCGGUCUGUUCCUCAGGGUAUUUUGGAGACGGGAUGCAUGGGUCACAUAGACAAGCCUUGAAAAUGGGAGCCGUUACGUUUUUGCACUGCCUGGUGACAAGGGAUCUGCAGAAAUAGCCCUGGAAGCUGGAGUGAGGCCUGAGGACUGCCUUGGCCCAGGAUGGCUAGAGAAUUUAGUGAAAGAGCAGCCCUGGACGCCCAGUCUACAGAAGACCAGACGGAGCUUCUGGUCAUAAAGGUGGAGGAAGAAGAGGCCGGUUUUCCCAGUAGUUUGGAUUUGGGUGCUGAACGCUCGCGCCAGCGCUUCCGAGGCUUCCGCUUCCCGGCGGCUGCAGGCCCCCGCGAGGCGCUGAGCCGGCUCCGAGAGCUCUGCCGGCAGUGGCUGCAGCCUGAGAUGCACAGCAAGGAGCAGAUCCUGGAGCUGCUGGUGCUGGAGCAGUUCCUCACCAUCCUGCCGGGGAACGUGCAGAGCUGGGUGCGGGAGCAGCAUCCAGAGAGCGGGGAGGAGGUGGUGCUGCUGCUGGAGUAUUUGGAGAGGCGGCGGGAUGAGCCGGCACCGCAGGUUCCAGGUGUUGACCAGGGGCAAGAGCUUCCCUGUUGCAAGAUGGCACUGUUGCCACCAUCCCCAGAGUCACAAAGUAGCCAAGCUCAGCUAAUGAAGGCUCUGCUCAAGCAUGAAUCUCUGGGAUCCCAACCCUUGCAAGACAGAGUUCUCCAGGUCCCUGUGUUUGCCCAUGGAGGGUACUGCAGAGGAGAUGCAGUGGUAGCUUCUAGGGUUACUCCAGAGUCCCAGGGGUUGCUGAAAGUGGAAGAUGUGGCCCUGACCCUCACCCCUGAAUGGACACAGCAGGAUUCGUCUCAGGUGAAUCUCUGUAGAGAUGAAAAGCAGGAGAACCUUGGCAGCCUGGUCUCCCUGGGUGGUGAAAUACAGACUAAGAGCAGGGACUUGCCUCCAGCCGAGGAGCUUCCAAAAAAGGAGCAUGGGAAGAUAUCGUGCCACCUGAGUGAAGACAUUGCCCAGAUUCCUACAUGUGCAGAAGCUGGUGAACAGGAGGGCAGGUUACAAAGAAAGCAGAAAAAUGCCACAGGAGGGAGGCGGCACAUGUGCCAUGAAUGUGGAAAGAGUUUUGCUCAAAGUUCAGGCCUGAGUAAACACAGGAGAAUCCAUACUGGCGAGAAACCCUACGAAUGCGAGGAGUGUGGCAAAGCCUUCAUUGGGAGCUCUGCCCUCAUCAUUCAUCAGAGAGUCCACACUGGUGAGAAGCCAUAUGAGUGUGAAGAAUGUGGCAAGGCUUUCAGUCACAGCUCAGACCUUAUCAAACACCAGAGAACCCACACUGGGGAGAAGCCCUACGAGUGUGAUGACUGUGGGAAGACCUUUAGCCAGAGCUGCAGCCUCCUUGAACAUCACAGAAUCCACACAGGGGAGAAGCCAUAUCAGUGUAAUAUGUGUGGCAAAGCCUUUAGGCGAAGUUCACAUCUCCUGAGACAUCAGAGGAUUCAUACUGGGGAUAGAAAUGUUCAGGAACCUGAGCAGGGAGACACCUGGAAAAGUAGGAUGGAAAGCCAGUUGGAGAAUGUUGAAACUCCCAUGUCUUACAAAUGUAAUGAGUGUGAAAGAAGUUUCACCCAGAAUUCAGGCCUCAUUGAACAUAAAAAAAUCCACACUGGUGAGAAACCUUAUCAGUGUGACGCAUGUGGAAAAGGCUUCACCCGACUCUCAUACCUUGUUCAACAUCAGAGGAGCCACGCAGGGAGAAACAUCCUAUCACAGUGACCACGCCGUCCAUGCGAGUCGGUGCUCAUUUGUGACCGAUCUGAAGCCACUCACCCUGGAGUCGAUUAUAGAAAUUGUGGACUGGGCUUCAUUUACCGCUACACAUUAUCAGGUGUUAGAAAAUAUAGACUGGGUUAGAUGAAUUAUCUUCUAAAUUCUAGAAGGUGUUUGGAAUCAAAACAUACUUGAUAGGAGACUAUGGGAAAGUUGUCUAGAAGAGGUAAGACCUGAAAUGGUUUGUUCUCUCCCAUUGUAAUUAAUGGGAUGUUUAGACUGGCUGCUUGCCCUAAUCCAGUACUUUGUGAUGUCUACUGGGUAGAUGGUUGUGAGUUGGGGGCUGCUUCUCUGACCAUUCUCUUUGACUCUAAUGAGUCCUCCAGUUUGUCAGAUUCACAGUCUUAUAUUCCCCUCUGUGCCUUUUCCACAGGUGCUAAUAAAUGUUUGUUGAAUGUACCAGUGAGAUUA